CGAGUCUCCGUCUUCAUCCAGCUAUGGCCCAUCCCCCUGCACCAGAUGCCGUCCUUCAUUUGGCAGCGCUCCAUGCCCUCGCCGCUGCAGGCUUCGCGUCCACCUCCAGGGCAGCAAGCAUCACCCUGUCCACAGCCAUGGCACACUACCUGCGUCUCGUGGCUGCCACCUGUGUAGAGCGCGCAAAUCUCGCAGGAAGGAGCAAGGUCGCUGCCCUCGAUGUGGCAGAGGCCCUCGAAGCACUUGGUGUCAGAGUUGGUGAGCUGUCUGAAUGGGCCGACGAGCAAGGGGAGGUUGUGUUCGAUAAAGGACCUUUGAGCGGCCUAGAUGAAUAUGUACAGGAGGGAUUAUCAGUUGAAGAAGGAAUCGCGCAGUUGCGGCUCGUACCUGAGUCAGAUGUAGAGCACGACGAAGAGCUUGAAGAUGACGAGGACGAUGUCAUGGACGAUGGCGGAAGCGUCAAAUCAGAACAGGAACAGAUAGACGUUAAGCCGGAUCUGCUGGACAUGCGCCCACAAUCACCAGACUUAUCCUGGCUGCCUUCAUUGCCUGAUGGGGACGACGUUACUGCGCAGCCGACACGUCAACUCUCUGCUUCUCUUCCGCCCGUCCCAGAAUUAUCCGCUGCCCCCCAGUCGAUCGCCGAGCGGUACCGUCGCGCCAUUCCGUAUGCAUCCUCCCAAUUAUCUCAAGCCCAUCCGUUAUCUCCUCCUCACCAGUCUCCUCCGCCGUCCGUUCCAAAUUCCACCACAUCACUUCCGAGCCUCAUCUCCACAUAUUCUGCGGUGGCUUCCGACCCCUCUAUUUCUCUUCGUCAGAACGAUCUACGGCGGCAAGCUGCCGAGCUCCUACGCCGUACUAUCACACCCGUUGACGCAUUUUCACCCAAGGACACUCUUUCAACUUCUAUUCCUCCUAUCAGAGCGUCGCCGAUUGUGCCUUCACAUUCGGAUAUCCUUCCUCCUAAACUCGUACCUAUCAAUCCCCGGCCAGAUGGUAUCCUCUCUUCACUUGUGCAGCAGCUUUCUUCUCCCUAUCUUCCUCCUCCACUGCGUGACCGCCUCACCUCCCUUCGCCCUCCCGUGGCACAGAUGCGGCACGGCGAACCCGUGUUGUAUGGCCCGGCUGUCCGCGGACCAGAUGAUGCGUUGUUAGCCAAGGCAAAAGGUAAGCAUGGGGAAGAAGCUUAUCCCGAAGCUUUUCUGCGGAGAACGUGGAACUCUGGGCCGAGAGGUGCGGAAAAGUAUGGGAGGCGGGCGUUGCCCACGGGGCGAAGGGUUGUCUGUUCUGGAGAAGGCGAGCCUGUGCCGCGAAUGGGCCAAACUUCAUUGCCCGAAUCCCUGCCUGUGCAGGGCAGCGAGACUAAUCAGGACGCGAGAAAGGUGCUGUUAAGGUUGUCAAGCCAUGGUCCGACACUUACCUCGGUAUCAGAUGGCCACAGUCUGAGUCCACGGACUCAGGUUGAGUCGAACGCUGUGAGAGAGGAGACGAUGGCAAUAGACGCAGGGUCGUCUCCAAAGGUGACAAGUACCGCGGCCGAGGCUCCAGCUGCUAUUUAUGAGACUGGAGCUGAAACAAUAACUGGCAUGAAGGUGAAUGGAAUGGGUCUGGGAGAUAUUGAGAUGCAGUAGCCUUAUGUACAAUAUAUUAUGUAGCAUCAUUUGCAUCGGACCAAAAGACCUGGCGGACAUUCAUUGUGUUCCAUGCAUAAUUUAGUAAA